GUGCAGUUCUCAUCCACCUCGGAAGGACCUGCGCCUGCUACCGCCUCUCAUGACAAAGUCUGCUGGUCACAAUGGCCCGAAGAACUUGCCGCUUCGGCGCACCAUGAUCAAGAGCACUGUUGGCAACGUCAAGCGGCCCGCCUACGACCUGCCAGAUUCACGAGAAGCAGAACAUGUCUACGGGUAUCCCAUUGUCCGCGACCCCGAAGAUGCCGGGCAAGUCAUGGGCAAAUGGGUACAGGCUACCCCAUCGCCGGCAGUUGAGUCCACGCGCAGCUUUGUUGAGACGAAUCGAAGGGCGUUGCAGAUCGGGUGUGUCAAUGCGAAAGAAGUGCGACAGUAUGCAAAUGAGCACCCUGAUAUUCGAGAAAAGGCAGCACCGUCCAAGAAACAAACAGGUUACGUUCCGACGAACGACGUGAUUUACGGCAUAAAGACAGCCGCUUCGGAAGACAUUCAAAUGCUGAUCCAGGCAAAACAUACCAACUUUCAAACGGACGGAACCGACUACCCUGACCUCUCUGGCAUGAAAAUAAAAGGAAAACUUCCCCAACCUCGUGAAACGAAAGCAUCAAUCAGCCAAGACAAGAGGCUGCAGCUCUUUAGUCAACCCCCUGAGAAAGAACCGUUCAAAAUGUCCAAGUUCAAGAAGAUUGGAAGCAUGCUCGCGACGCAGCCAGCGUACGGAUCGUCCUCUGACCCCUCACCCCAGUACAUUGGACAUGACACGGACGACUACUCGUUUCCCCAGCAACAAUCCGACAGCUAGACAGAUCAUGAACAAAACCCAUUUGUACCUACCCUCAGAUCCCAAGCCUCUUGAAGGUUUAAACUCCGUCGUUGAACGAAUAAAGCAACUCGAAACUACCCAAUACAGACCCCGACCUCACGCUACAAUCUGACCAACGGAUAAGCGUAUCAUGAUAAAGGAGACCUUGGCCAGCACACGUCGAG